AUGUCUCGAUUCUUCCGCGGCGGCGACGACAGCUCCACCGACAGCUCCAGCGACGAGGAGGAGCUCUACUCCGAGGAGGAGGAAGAGGAGGAGGAGCAGGAGGACUCCCAGGAGGAAUCCUCCCAAGAAGACAGCGACAGCGAUGAUUCCGACGAUGGCGGCGUGAAGAAGACGGGUGCCAGUGCUUUCCUGGUCGGACAAUCCGACUCGGAUAGCGAUGAGAGUGAUGACGAGCACCGAGGCAAGGUCAAGAGUGCCAAGGACAAGCGCCUGGACGAGCUGGAGGCAUCCAUCAAGCAGAUCGAGAACGGCCAAAAGAACGGCGACUGGACCCUCAUCUCUGCCGAAUAUGACAAGCUCAACCGCCAGGUUACCAAGCUGCCCGGCAGCAAACCCCCCAAGCCCUACAUCCGAAUUCUCGCUGAGCUCGAGGACUUCAUGAAUGAGUCACUGGCCAAGGCGAAGGUCACCCCCAAGAAGAUGAACGCCACCCAGGCCCGAGCCCUCAACGCCGUCAAGCAAAAGAUCAAGAAGACCAACAAGGAGUACCAGAGCCAGAUUGACUCUUACCGAGAGGACAAGGAUGGCUUCAUGGAGUCAUCCGAGGAGGAGGUUGUGGCUGCUCCCGUCAAGGCCAAGAAGGUCUCUCUCCAGGUUGAGGCUGCUCCUACUGAAGAGGCUGACGAUGAGGGUUUUGCUACCGUCGGCAAGGGUGGCCGCACACUCCAGUACACUCCCGAGAGCAUCUUCAAGCACCUUCGAACCAUCAUGGAGUCCCGAGGAAAGAAGAACACCGAUCGUGCUGAGCAGAUUAAGGUUAUGGAGAAGCUGCACGAGAUCGCCAACACCCCUUACCAGAAGAUCCGCCUCCUCCUCACUCUUGUCUCUGCCCGAUUCGACCUUGGCUCUGGCGGUGCUUCUGCCAUGCCUCUUGAGCACUGGAAGGCUGCCGAGAAGGAACUCUCGAGCCUCCUCCAGGUCCUCGAGGAGAACCGUGACUACGUUGUCGUUGAGAACGCCGAGGAGUGGGAUGAUGACGAGAAGCCCCCUACUCUCCAGGCUGGUGAGAAGCACAUCAAGGUUCCCGGCAGCAUCGUCUCUUACAUUGAGCGACUUGACGAUGAGCUCGUUCGCUCUCUUCAGAGCAUCGACCCCCACACCUCCGAGUACAUCGAGCGGUUGCAAGACGAGGGUGCCCUCUACAACAUCAUCUUCCGCGGCCUCCUCUACUAUGAGUACAUCCGAAAGGACGACUCCCUGGAAACUCCUCAAGAUAGCGUGAACCGAAUUGUGAUGCGCCGAUUGGAACACGUUUACUUCAAGCCCGCCCAGGUUGUCAAGACUUUCGAGGAGAACUGCUGGAAGACUGUUGGCGACUCCGUCGAGUCUGUCAUCACUCCCCGCGACCAGGCCCAGAACGCUGGCAACCUCGUCAAUGUUCUCUGCAACUACCUGUUCAGCAACAGCGACGGUAUUAUCCGUGCCCGAGCCAUGCUGUGCCAGGUUUACUUCCUCGCCCUCCACGGCGAGUACUACAAGGCCCGUGACAUGAUGUUGAUGUCGCAUCUGCAGGAGAACAUCCCCAACUUUGACGUCCAGAGCCAGAUCCUGUACAACCGAACUCUGGUCCAAGUUGGUCUCUGCGCUUUCCGCAAGGGUCUUGUCUAUGAUGCCCAGAACACUCUGCAAGAAAUUUGCGGCAGCGGCCGUCAGAAGGAGUUGCUCGCCCAGGGUGUCAUGAUGCAGCGAUACAACCAGGUGUCUCCCGAGCAGGAGCGCCUCGAGAAGCAGCGACAACUGCCCUUCCACAUGCACAUCAACCUUGAGCUCCUCGAGUGUGUCUACCUGACCUGCAGCAUGCUUCUCGAGAUUCCUCUGCUGGCCCAGACCGGUUCUUCACCGGAUGUUAAGAAGAGAGUCAUCAGCAAGACCUACCGCCGCAUGCUCGAGUAUCACGAGAGGCAAAUCUUCACUGGUCCUCCCGAGAACACACGAGACCAUGUGAUGCAGGCGUCCAAGGCUCUGGCUGCUGGUGAGUGGAAGAAGUCAAUCAGCUUCAUCCACAGCAUCAAGAUCUGGGACCUCAUGCCCAGCGCCGAGGAGAUCAAGGCCAUGCUCUCCAAGCAGAUCCAGGAGGAGGGUCUGCGAACCUACCUCUUCACCUACGCCCCCUUCUACGACACCCUCUCCAUCGAGACCCUCAGCGCCAUGUUUGAGCUUGAUGUUACCAAGAUUUCGGCCGUUGUCAGCAAGAUGAUCAGCCACGAGGAGCUUUCCGCCUCCCUCGACCAGGUCACCUCUACUGUCAUCUUCCGCAAGGGUGUCGAGCUCAGCCGGCUCCAGUCCCUGGCUCUUGCCCUGUCAGACAAGGCCAGCGCACUUAUCGAGACCAACGAGCGAACUCUGGAGCAGCGAACACAGGGUACCUCAAACGCCUUUGAGCGACAAGGCGGCCGAGGCCGAGGAGGACAGAGGACAGGACAACGACAGGGCCGAGGAGGAGCACGGGCGGGCGGCAACACGCAGCGACAAGCUGGUGGAACGCAGUUCACGGGUGGCGCGCUGGGUGCGGCUGUCCGAGGUUAA